GUUUUAUAGGUACGGCCUGAGAGAGAACAUUACAUGUAUUGUACAUGCGCACGCGCAGGUUGCAUGCAUGCGUGGCCCCGUGAAUCUAGGCGUUCUAUUCGCUACGUCGUUGUUGGCAUCAGAUGUUGCCAUCGGUUGCUCUCUCUCUCUCAUCAACAAAAAUUCCUCCGCAGGUAAGAACUUUAGUACUACGUAUGUACCUACCUACAUAGGUUGGUUGGUAGGCCAUGGCAAGCGCGAAAGGAAAAGAGAGAGAGAAAAAGAUAGGUACCCAUUUAGGGGCCGGGGGCCCACUCUAGUAGAAGCCGAGAGAAAAUGAUGCUAGGGGGGGUCGCCACCCAAUAGGACGGCUUAGAUUCUUUCUUACUAAACAUUUCGGCUGCUUUUCCCAACGACGGAGACUUGCCGUCCUCGGAUUUCUUUUCCUGUAAGCCUUUACAUAGAAUUGGCCUCUUCCCUCAUCGUCCCUCCUUCAUCGUUAUAUAUUAGCUCUCUCUUGCUUUUUUUUUUUCGUUUAAUUUCCUUCCCCCGGUUGAACCCAAUUGCAUUCCUCUGCUGUGCACUAGGAAAGACAAAAAUGUCGGCCGCAACUGUGUCCCGCCAGAUGGCCCGCGCGGCCCUGCGCACCUCCGCUAGAAACACAUUUGCUACAUCUUCUCGGCAAGCAUUCCGACAGCACGGCCGACGAUUCUAUUCGUCGGAGCCUCCCAAGACCUCUAGCUCGUCGAGCCUGAUCUACCUGGCAGGCGCCGCCGUUGCGGGUGCUGCCGGCUACUAUUUCUACACCUCGAACAACUCGGGUAGCACCAAGGUGUUCUCAGCCACCAAGGACGACUACCAGAAGGUGUACAACGAGAUCGCCAACCGCCUCGAGGAGAACGACGAGUACGACGAUGGCAGCUAUGGCCCCGUCCUCGUUCGUCUCGCGUGGCACGCCAGCGGUACCUACGAUAAGGAGACGGGUACCGGUGGUAGCAACGGUGCUACUAUGCGAUUUGCCCCUGAGGGUGACCACGGCGCAAACGCCGGCUUGAAGCACGCUCGGGACUUCCUUGAGCCUGUGAAGGCCAAGUUCCCCUGGAUCACCUACUCCGAUCUCUGGAUCAUUGGCGGUAUUGCUGCCAUCCAGGAGAUGCAAGGUCCCGUCAUCCCGUUCCGACCCGGCCGUCAGGACCGAGAUGCCGCAGCCUGCACUCCCGACGGACGUCUUCCUGACGCUGCCAAGGGAACCCCUCAUCUCCGUGACAUCUUCUACCGCAUGGGCUUCAACGACCAAGAGAUCGUUGCCCUUGCUGGUGCUCACGCCCUCGGUCGUUGCCACACCGACCGAAGUGGAUUCGAUGGACCGUGGACCUUCUCUCCCACCGUCCUAACCAACGACUAUUACCGCCUACUCCUAGAGGAGAAGUGGCAGCUGCGUAAGUGGGAUGGCCCCAAGCAGUACGAGGAUGUCAAGACCAAGUCGCUCAUGAUGCUGCCGGCCGACUACGCCCUUAUCCAGGACAAGGCAACGAGGCCUUGGGUAGAGAAGUACGCCAAGGACAACGAUCUCUUCUUCAAGGACUUCGCUGCCGCCGUUACUAAGCUCUUUGAGCUAGGUGUGCCUUUCAAACAGGACACCGAGAAGAUCAUCUUCAAGCCUGUUAAUGCUUAAAUUUAAUGAGAUACCAUCUAAUAGAGUCAGAAGUGAUGUAGAGAAGGAAGGCAAGGCUAGAGUUAGACCUAGAAGCGAUGUCGCGUCGUGACUGUCGACGGGAGAACUGACGAGAGCUGUUAGAGUGGGAUACCUGCCCCCGAGCAGGGCUUGAUUGAACUAUAUACUGUUUCCAUUAGCCUAGUUAUCUAUUCGAUCUUGUUCCAGCGAAGUUUAAGAGCUGUAUAUAUCAAUGAAGCGUUCCCAUCCCUAUAUCCAUUCCAUGUGUUAGGUAUUAGGUAUUAUGUGUAGUCUUGUUUGCUUACCGAGGUAAAGUUAAGAGGGAAAAGGGAAAAGAAUCCGGGGAUGAUUGAAAUAGAGAUGUUUUAAUAGGUCGACUCGCAGCAAACGUAAUGGAGAUCCUUUUUGUUCUCCACUGCCAUGCGGUUAUGUACUAUUAUGUCUUAGGUACUGUUGUACGUAGGUAUGUACGUACUCUGAUUUGGAGAUGGAGUCGUGCCCCACGUUUUGUCGAUAAGUCUUUACUAUGCCUUAGCUAUCCGCUAU